ACUCUCAACAACACACACCGUCUGAACACACGAGUCAAGCAGCUGUCUUAAGAAAACACUCUCUGAGAUGUUCACUGUGGAUUAUGAGUUCGGCAUGACUCUCUCAUAUAAAGUGAGAUCUUAAUAACCAUAUAAGCUGCGCUGGAUAUCACUACAUCUCCUCUCUUCACAGUGUCUCUCCAGAGAAGAGUUUAAAUGAUUAACACACAAAGGUGUGAGACAGAGAUGAGGAAGACACAAACCAGUGAAAACACUGUGAGACGGAUGAGCUUGAAUGAUAUAAGACUGAACUUCUCUGCUGCUCCACACACACCGGUGAAGAGAGCUUCUGAUGCAUCAAACAGAGCCAAAUGUCAGGUGUUUAUUCGUCAUGUCUUACGGUGGAUCAGGUUCAGGUUCUCGAAGUGAAUUCAGUGUUCAUUUCUCCAGCAGAGGUGGAGCAGGACUCGUCAGAGCUGAAGAGGCCGCAGGAAUCGCCUUACUGGCCGUGAUCCUCACAGCGCUGCUCAUCCUGGGCUGCUGGUAUUACCGCCGGCGGGGCGGAUACAAGAUGAUCCGGAGCGUGAGAAACAGCGGUCAGUGGUGGAGAGAGAUGAUGAGAGCGGGUCAGUACAGGGAGACUGGAUCCGGAGAGGAGAACAAAGUGGCCUUGAACGAAUUCAGCAACCUGCAACCAGCGAUUCCUAACGUUCCUCCGUCCUACGAGAAGAUCGCCUCUGGACCUUCACCUCCUCCUUACUCACCAUGAGUCACAGACUUGAGGAAAAUCUGUGGAUUUCUAUAAUGUUUAUGUGAUGAACGAUCACACAGUACAAGUGAUGAUACACGGCAGGAGUCCAUCGGUUCUGCAGCAUUCAGCUC